AUGUCAAAUACCGGUUUAAUCCCAGGAAAUGCCUAUGGUACCUUGAACGUUCGUUCAUCAUCCAACUGGUCACCAGACUGCUCUGUUGUUUACUCACAAAUCAACUACAAGAAAGGUAAUAUCUCCUCCGCCAAUUCUUCAUCCUCAUGGCACGCUCUCACUGCUGAUGACAAGCAAUGGGUCACUUUGAGUUCACCAGUUCCAGUUGAAUUCUGUCAAAUCCAAACUCAAGGAAGAGGAGAUGAUGAUUUGUCUCAAUGGGUUACCUCAUACAAGAUUCGUUAUACUGAGGAUGGAGUUAACUGGGUUGAUGGUCAAACAUUCCAAGCCAACACUGACCGUCACACCAUCGUUACCAACACUUUGUCUCCACCAAUUGUUGCUCGUUCCAUUGCCAUUCACCCACUCACCUGGCAAGGUUUUGUAACCAUGAGAUUCGAUGCUCUCUACCGUCCAAUCAAGCACACCAUCACCAAGACUGGUCUCGUCAUUGACGAAAGCCUUAAAUUCACCACUGGACUUCCAAUUGGUGAGAAAACCGCUGAAUACCCUGUCAAGUUCGACAAACCAUUCCCAAGAGUUCCAGAAGUUGUCUGCACUUUGACUCAAAUCGAUUGUGCCAAUGACAAGAACCUUCGUAUCCGUGUCUUUGCCAAGGAUAUCACCAAGGAUGGUUUCACCUUUGUCUUCAUGACCUGGUUCGACACCAAAUUAUACGGAUUGAGAGGUUCAUACAUUGCCACUUUGGAUCAAUAA